AUGAAGAUCGUCACCGAAGAAGAACUCCUCGAGCUCGACAAGGUCACCCGCCGCGGCGCCGCCGAAGGCAUCCUCGCCGGCCUCGCCAUCUCCCUCCCCGGCUCUUUUCUGCUGCAACGCACCUCGGCGUGGUAUCGCAGCCUGCCGAUCCAGCUCAAGGCGCUCGGCGUCAUUCUCGUUGUUGGGCCGACGUAUGCGAUUCAGACGGAGAGGAGGGCGGUGCAGUUUGAUGAGGAGCGGGGAAAGGAUGCAGGCUCUGCAGUGAUGGAAAACAACAAAUCAGAGGAAGAGUUCCGAUGGCGCACCCUCACGCCCUCGCAGAAACUGAAAGAUUGGACCAUCAGGAACCAAUACUCCGUUCUCGCCGGUGGUUGGGCACUCAGUAUGGCCGUUGCUGGCGCUAUCAUUGCUCGUGAUAAGCACCAAACCGCCACGCAAAAGAUCGUGCAAGUCCGUAUGUGGGCACAGGGACUUACAGUUGGUCUCCUCAUCGGAGCGGGUAUCCUCACACAAUCGCAGAGGAAGGAGGCGGCUGCGCAUAGACCGGUGGAUCACUCGUGGAAGGAUAUCGUACGUCUCCUUGCUCUCACUAUCACCUCCCAUUCAAUCAUGUACUUACUGACGUCGGAUGUGAUGUAG